UUGUAACAAACAAAGUUCCAUUGGACCCACUUAUCACCGACCUUUCAAAUUAUCUUACUAUAUAUAGGAUUCAUUUAACAGCCUUUUCAUGUCACAUUUUCUUGAUUUUGAGAUAUAGAAAAAGUGAAAGAGUUGAGGGGGUCUUAAAGUCUUGAUUUUUUUUUUUUUAAUUAAAUAUUGAAAUUAGAGGAUACCCUUUUGAGGAAUUUUGGUUAUGGAGAUGGAACCAUCAUAUUAUAGUGUUCUUGGUGUUAAUGUAGACUCUUCUGAUGAAGAAAUUAGAAGGGCUUAUAGAAAGCUAGCUAUGCAAUGGCACCCUGAUAAAUGGACAAGGACACCAUCAUUAUUAGGUGAAGCUAAGAGGAAGUUUCAGCAAAUUCAAGAAGCAUAUUCAGUGUUGUCAGAUCAAAAGAAGAGAAUGAUGUAUGAUGCAGGCUUGUAUGACCCUGAAGAAGAUGAGGAUGAGGGAUUUGGUGAUUUUCUGCAAGAAAUGGUAUCUCGAAUGGAAGAUGCAAGGAAAGAGGACAAAAAUUAUAGUAUGGAGGAGUUACAAAGCAUGUUUUGGGAAAUGGCUCAAGGCUUUGAAACUUGUAAUUGGUCUAGCUUCUCUCAACAACAAAACUUUGAGUCUCCACUAUGGUUUUGUGGUUCUUCUUUGGCUUAUGAUAACCCCAGAACUUCAAGGACAGCUCAGUUGGAUGCAAAUUUGGCAGACAGAAAUCCCUUUUUUGAUUUCUCAAGCUUGCAUAUGCACGGAGCUAACCGUUUCUGCAGAUAAAACUACUUCAAGAAAGUAUUUUCUCUCUGACUAAUCGAUGCAAAAAUUGUUGCUUUCAAUGGUUUUUGCAUCAUAGGAUGCUGGUGACCAGUUUUGAGUGUGGCAAUGCUCAAAGGAGAUGCCCAAAAUUUUUGCAUCGUACUGUUGUGGGAUGUGAUCAUACAAGCACUGACGGACUACAACAAGAAAUGAUGGGCACAAAUUCUUAUUGGUUUUCGACGGUUGUGGGCAAGGAACCAUGUGCCAUUCUGCCAACUACACUUAUGAUAAAAUGU